GGAAACUAUAAUUAUUGAAACGAAGCUGAAGCAGCGGCGGCAAAAGGCAGAAAAAAACAUGUCGUCGGUUCUAACGGGUGCUUUGGCGUACGGAAGCAGCGUGGCCACUGUUUUCGCUCUCUACCCCUAUCGCGAUCUCGUUAAGGCAUUUGACGUGCAACGCUUGCCAAAAAUGAGCGACAUGGUCGACUUUUGCAUGAAGCGAUACAGGGGAAUGCUGAGCAGCCCGUCUCAGCCUUUGUUGCUCGGCACUCCCCAAGCAGCGUUGUAUUUUGGAUACGCUGCCGGCGCAGGUGGCGCGAGCGGAGCCGUACUGGGUGGCUUUCUUUACGGGUACACAAAGAUGUUUGUACGCACUGUGGCACACCGCAUGAACGGUGGCGGGUCUCGCUACAACAAAUUGGAGCAGCGCGGCUACUCAGGAGUGCUGGACUGCGUCACGUCGAGCGCAAAGCACUUUGGAGCGCUGUCGUUUUUCCCUGGCGCGCUAGCAGCUUCCAUCAUUGGCGUGCUGUGGUACGGUAUCUCUUUAGCGGUGCUCCAACAGACGUACAGCAGCUCUGUCGGCGGAGAUUUCUGGAAUGCGUUUCGGAUUCACGCGCUCAUGACCUUCCUCACCACACCCGUACGAAAUUCAAUGCGUUCCGCCAUGCACCACAGCGAACGCUCCGGAGGACUCCGCAGCUUUCGCGAUUAUGUGGCAGCGGAGACAGCGGUGUUUCGAGAGACAGGGGGUAUCGUCCGAACGAUGGCACGUGAGGAAGGACUGCGCUUUUUCCUCCAUGGCGUCGUGAGAACUACCUUCAAAAGCUCGGUGCCGUUUGCAGUGACGUACGCCCUGUUCAAAGCAGUAGGUGGGUCAAUCGGGUACCCGUCGGGUGGCAGUCAUCGUGGCGGUCACACAGGGCGCCACUUUUCUCGUCGUUUUUAG